UUCAGAAUCUGUCGGGUGUAGCCAUGAAUUCGAAAACAUUUCUAAUCGUUUUGUUAUUCGUAUGCAGCGCAAAUGCAGCAUUCAGUGACUUGAUCAAUGUGUUUGUAACGCUGCCUAAUGGCAAUCUUCGAGGACGCGAGAACGAAAAUCAUUACAGCUAUGAAUCGAUACCCUAUGCGGAGCCGCCCCUGGGACAACUAAGAUUCGAGCCCCCACAGCCUUACAAUCGCAUUUGGGAUGAAACCUUCCAGGCAACUCAGCCACCAGUCAACUGCUUGCAGUGGAGCCAGCUUAUUGAAGAGGAGGACAAACUGACAGGUCAAGAGGACUGCCUCACCGUCAACGUAUAUAAGCCAAAGAACAAGCUGCAUCACAGUUUCCCCGUUGUGGUCGAUAUUCAUGGCGGAUUCUUCAUGUUCGGCGGUGCAAGCAAUGAUGGUCAUGAGAUGUUUAUGAACAGCGGAAAAGUGAUUCUUGUAAAGAUUAACUAUCGUCUGGGACCGAUUGGAUUCUUAAGUACAGGCGACACGAUAUUACCAGGAAAUUUGGGACUCAAGGAUCAACGGUUGGCACUGCAAUGGGUCAAGAAUAAUAUUGCACAAUUUGGUGGAAAUCCCCACAAGAUUCUAGUAAUGGGACUCGAUGCUGGCGGUGCUUCAGUUCACAUCCAUCUGAUGAAUCAAGCAUUUAAUAAAGUGGCAACGGCAGCUGUUUCUAUUAGUGGAAAUGCUCUCAAUCCAUGGGCUGUUCAGGACGGGGCAGCUCGUCGUGCCUUCGAGUUGGGCCGGGUUGUGGGUUGUGGUCUAUUGGAUAGCUCUGAAGAACUAAAGGCCUGUCUGAAAGCGAAGGAUGCAUCACAAAUAGUUAGAGCCGUGGAAAAUUUCCUCAUUUUGGACUAUAUUCCCUUUACACCGUUCGGACCUGUCGUUGAACCCUCAAGUGUGAAAGAUGCAAUCAUCACUCAACAUCCCAUUGAUAUCCUUAAAAGUGGCAAUUUUUCAACAGUCCGAUGGCUGACCUCCUACGUUGAGCAAGAUGGUGGCUAUAAUGCCGCUCUGUUUCUCAAGAAAGAAUACGACGGAGACGAAUUACUAGAGGAGCUGAACAAACGUUGGUACGAUCUUGCGCCCCUCUUAUUGUAUUAUCGUGACAUGAUAAAUAAUAUUGAGGCGCUAGAUGAGCAUUCACUUAAGAUAAGAGAAUUGUAUAUGAAAAAUGAGAAAUUCAGCACGAAGACUUAUCCACAGUUAACACGCAUGUUUACUGACAUAUUGUUCAAGACGGGAGUUGAGUUAUCCUUAAUGCUACAACGAUCGAAGACUUCCGUUUAUGCUUAUCUAUAUAGCAAUCCAGCUACCAGUGGUUUGGGACAAUGGUUAGCUAAACGGGACGACAUUGAACUCGGCACUGUGCAUGGAGAUGACUUCUCGCUUAUGUUCAAAAACUCAAUUCGUCAACAAGAACGCAAGGAUGAGAUACUGAUUUCAUCCAGCCUUAUCAAAAUGAUCGAAGAUUUUGUUAAAGAUGGUAUAUUGCAAUUUGGCAAUUGUGAGUUUCAACCCAAUAUAGCCGGAGGCAAAUACCGCGUGAUGCACAUUGAGCGUGAGGGUUGCUCGAACCUUCAAAUGAAAACGCUUCUAUAAUGAAGUUUCAAAAAUGGCCAGGAAGCAUAUUCUUAAAUGGUUUUUAAUAUGUUAAUAAUGUAAAUCUGUAUGGAACUUAUAUUUUUCAUUUGGAAAUAAAUUAUCCUGAUUACUA